AUGGUGGAUACAUACAUGUGGGGGCUGGCAUCUCUAUUCGGAGGGCUGCACACAGCUAGAGACCAUAGAAAAUGGUACUCUGAAUGGCGAAAGAUGGUGCUCAAUAGAUCCUUAAUUACGGAUCGGGCGUCCCUAUCCAGGGGAGCUACGAAAUUGGCGCUCAAACGGUAUGCGAGCGUCGAGCACAACCUGUUUGGGGGGCGUGGGGGGCGCCCCUCGCCGCAGCCCGGCGGGAUAGUGACUUCGGUGUCUUGGCCGCGACCGGCCGCCUCCGCCGCGACCACGCGUCCCUCCGAAACGCACAGAAACACGUUUCCCAAACAAAAGUGC